AGAAUGAAAUGAUUCGACAACAAUGAAACCGAAUCAUUGAAUAUCGUUUCAGCGUUUAAUCAAUUGGUUUGGAGUACGAGCUGAAAUCAAUUAAAGUAUCUGUCCCACAUCUUCCUCCUUCCAUUCAUGGCCAUGUCAUCGCAUCUGGGUAAAUUCAGCAGUAUUGACUCGUUUUUAACUGCUGGAUUAGUUUUUUGUAUUGCCUUAUCCGGCGCUUUAACCGUCUCAUCCGAAAAGCCUAAUAUCAUCAUUAUAAUGGCCGAUGAUCUGGGUUUCGAUGACGUAAGUUUCCGUGGCUCCAACAACUUUCUCACUCCCAACAUUGAUGCUCUGGCAUAUAGUGGAGUAAUCCUGAACAAUCUUUACGCCGCACCGAUGUGCACACCUAGCCGGGCUGCUCUUCUAACUGGCAAAUAUCCCAUUAAUACAGGUAUGCAGCACUAUGUGAUUGUGAACGAUCAGCCCUGGAGUCUUCCGCUGAACGAGACGACCAUGGCGGAGGUUUUCCAGGGAAAUGGCUACCGAACCAGUCUCCUGGGAAAGUGGCACUUGGGAAUGUCGCAGCGAAACUUUACGCCCACCCAACGGGGAUUUGAUCGUCAUUUGGGCUACCUUGGAGCCUAUGUGGAUUAUUACAGCCAGAUCUAUGAACAAAAGAGCAAUGGCUACAAUGGCCAUGAUUUCCGGGACAAUCUGAAACCCGGCCACGAUCAGGUGGGCCGCUAUGUCACUGAUGUGCUCACUGAUGCAGCUGUUCAAGAGAUUGAGAAUCACGGAUCGAAAAACAAUAGCCAGCCACUCUUUUUGCUUUUGAGUCAUCUGGCCCCACACGCUGCAAAUGAUGAUAGUCCCAUGCAGGCGCCCGACGACGAGUUGGUCCAAUUUGAGUACAUUCGAAAUGAGACCCAUCGUUACUAUGCGGCAAUGGUGUCGCGACUGGACAGGAGUGUGGGCAUGGUCAUAGACGCCCUGGCACGGCAGGAAAUGCUCCAAAACAGCAUCCUGCUCUUCCUGUCCGACAAUGGCGGGCCAACUCAGGGACAGCACUCCACCACAGCCUCCAACUUUCCAUUGAGAGGGCAAAAAAAUUCCCCAUGGGAGGGCGGACUGCGAUCCUCGGCGGCCAUUUGGAGCACUGAGUUCGAGCGCCUAGGCAGCGUGUGGAAACAGCAGAUCUAUAUUGGCGACCUGUUGCCCACGUUGGCGGAAGCAGCUGGAAUAUCGCCGGAUCCGGACCUCCACCUGGAUGGCUUGAACCUGUGGUCGGCGCUCAAGUACGGAUACGAAUCGGUGGAGCGGGAGAUUGUCCACGUGAUCGACGAGGAUGAGGUGGAACCCCAUCUGUCCUACACACGUGGCAAGUGGAAAUUAAUCAGCGGCACUACCAGCGGAGGCAUUUACGACGGCUGGCUGGGUCAGCGGGUGACCAGUGAGGAGGAUCCCCGAUCCCGGGACUACGAGGAUCUCAUUCGGAACACCAGUGUUUGGCAGCAUUUGCAGCGGGUAUCCGCCGGGGAGCGCAACAUAAGCGAGCUGCGGGAUCAGGCCAGGAUCGAGUGUCCAGUUCCUGUGACUGGGAUCAAGCCCUGUAUGCCCCUCGAGGCACCCUGUCUCUUCGACAUUGAGGCGGAUCCUUGCGAGCAGAGCAACCUGUACGAGGAGUAUCGAAAUACGACUAUCUUUCUGGAUCUGUGGCAGCGAAUCCAACAGUUCGCCAAAGAGGCCCAUCCGCCCAACAACAAGCCAUCGGAUCCGGACUGCAAUCCCCGAUUCUACCACAAUGAGUGGACCUGGUGGCAGGACGAACAGGCCUCUAGUUCGGGGACCACGGGGCGGAUGAAAAUCGUAACACUUUUCCUAGGAUUUUUUGUGACAAGUUGUUGGUUUGUCUAAAUUUGGGAUACGCUACCAAAAUCAAUACCAACAAUUUAGUUUAAACUAUAAUAUUAAUUAAAAAUAAUCGAAUCAAUACCAACAAUUUAGUUUAAACUAUAAUAUUAAUUAAAAAUAAUCGAAGAGAGCCGUGAUAA